AGCAGUAGGGCCAAUACCGUUCUUGUGGAAGUUAUUGAAAUUGGUAAACACGUUCCGUAUAAAUCAAUAUAUACAAACAAGGAGGGAAUAAAAAUUACUUGACAACUUAUCUUUAUUAAAGCGUUUGUAUUUUUUCAAUUAUUAUAAUUCCAGGUUUAUAAUUUUCCAUAAAAAUGUAGGGGAUUGAUUGUGUAUAUCGAUAAGACCAGAAGCUGUCGAUAAAGUAAUGGUUUGUGAUUUUAAACGUGUCGUUUGUUUAUAUUUACAGAUUGCCGAGGUUAUAAAUCCAUCAAGUAAGGCAUGGCUGAUAAUGCCUUUCACCUGAAAUGGAACAAUCAUCUUCAGAAUAUGUAUUCUCAGUUAGAAACUCUUUACAAUGAACAGAGUUUAGUGGAUGUGUCAAUAUCUUGCACUGAUGGUAUAUUGAAGGCGCACAGGAUAGUUUUAUCUGCAUGCAGCCCCUACUUUGAAUCAAUCUUCAGAGACAAUUAUUGCAAACAUCCAGUAUUAAUUCUGAAAGGAGUCACUUCACAAGAAAUGCAGGCUCUUCUUAAAUUCAUGUAUAAAGGCUCUGUUGAAGUACUGGAUGCAGAUUUACAGUCCUUUAUGUACACUGCCAAUGAACUAAAAAUACGAGGACUUGCAGAUGAACUGCUUAAACAGACCAUUAGAUUAGUAGCUGAGAAAGGUGUUUCAUCUGAUGUAGAAAAUAAAGAUUCUGUAGGUGUAGAAAAUUCUGGUCAUAUUGAUGAUGUGAAGAUUACUGAUGUGAGAACACCAGAUAUUAUAGAAGAUCAAGUAGAGAAAUGCAAUAAAAGUAUUCCACGUGAAGAUAUUAAAGAAAAUACAAGACGGGCCUCAGAAUCUCAGAAUAAUGACAUAUCUUCCAAACAGCUUGAAACUUCUGCAAUUGAAAAACCGUCCUUGAAGCAAAAUUCUUCUGAAACUAAUUCUAUGAAGGCAACAGCUCCACCAGUACCCUUGUCAUAUACCCGUGAAACACGAUUCAAGGGACGGAAAAGAGUCUCUGUUGGCUUCCUUCCCAGUAGUCGAACCAAGAGCACAGAAAAGCAAUUGAGUGAAAACAAAUCGGUGUCUAGUGAAAAUACUGUUAAGAAGAUUAUGGUCACAACCAAAGAUGAGGCACAUCCUGAAGCACAAAGAACAGGCAAGAGAUUAGGCAUCUCAUUGGAGAAUGGAAAACAGGCUGAAACUGGAAGUUCAGGUAAGAAUUUUAGAAAGGAUGUGAAACCAGAGAUGAUAUCUCUUGGUACUGUUGAAAUAAAAGAAGAAGUGCAGGAGAUGGACAUGUUCUGUAUAUCUGCCCUAGCAGAACAGAGUGCAAGCCCUGAUCCUGCUGAUGAUGCAGAAGAUACUGAAGCAGAUGACAUAAAGGAAGAAUGGAAUACUGAUACAGUGUGUGCUUUCUGUUGUCUCGAUUGCCACUCAUCCACAGAACUCAAGAAACACCUUCGUGUUCAUACAGGAGAGAAACCCCAUGAAUGUGAUCUCUGUGAGCUUGCAUUUGCACGUGCUUCUCACCUUGCACGGCAUCGCCGGGUGCACACAGGUGAGCGCCCCUUUACCUGCAGCGGUUGCGGUCGCUCAUUCUCUCGUCAGGACAAGCUGAAGCAGCACGCUCGUCGCCAUCAUGUAGCAGAGCCCCCAAAGACCCACUCAUUUCGCAUAGACAAACCACGCAGGCCAAGAGGCAGACCACCGAAGAUGCUUGUUAUGUCACGAAACUCAACUGCUGACCGAAGAAGUAUUCUUAACUUUACACCAGCCCUAAAUGAAGUUAGCAAUGCUUCUUUGCCAUUUGGUGAUACAAGUUACCUGUCUUCAUUGUCCUUGGGACAGCAACGAUACAACGACCUGACUAUCAGCCCUAUCAUGGAUCCUGGUCCUUCAUGUAGUCGCUCCAUAGGAACAAGUCAGAAGAUGGCUGAGGAUUUGCUCCAGUCAGUAAGACAACUUGGUGAAUGCACAAUACAAGCCUUUCCAGGUCAUAGUCCUUUAAGAACCAGACUACAAUGACAAUUGUCACAGGACAGGGACAAACCUGAAACUGCAGCAGUGUCGGUUCAUGUUUCCAGCAGGCAUACUGAGGUUAAAUUAUUUAAUCUUUAAUACAAAAUUAAAAUACUCACACGUGACAAGCUACUGUAGCAUUUUAUAAAGAUAUGCUGAUUAUAAUAAUAUUGUGUAAUGUUUUGUAUAAUAUUUGAGUGCAUUGUGUAUUGUGUUAGGUUAAAAUUCAUUGUGUUCUCAUACUUUAAACUGAGUACCUCACAACUUAAUAUUCAAAUGGCAGUAUUUUUAUUGUUAUAGAAUCUCAUUUAUUCAUCUUUAUAGGACUGCCAAAGCAUUAGAUGAACAACAAACUUAUAAUUGAAAGUGAUCAAGUAUGGCCACCAAGAGGCUGUUGACAACAGUGAAGCUGAAGUUUAUCUUGUGUUAGACAACAUAUGCAGUAAUACAAGUUUGUAAUACAAAUGGGUGUUUGAGAAGCAAUAUUAGGACAACAGUUAAGGUGGGCAAAUUAGAUUGCUUUAGUUUGUUUUAGUUUAGACUGUAAGCUCGACAAACAUGAUUUUAUUUCAGAUAUGGGCAGGGACCUUUUGCUUCAUGGCAAAGUGUGUACAGAUGAGGUCUAUGGUCCACUAAGCCUCCUAUCCAGUGGGAUUUGUGACUGUUUUCCCAAAUUUAAAGAACUAAAGUGUGAAGCUGACCACCAGCCUCUGUCUAGUGCUAGGAGUAAGACUGUUAACUUUACCUCCACUCCCCACAUGUCUUAAUGCUGUGGUGCCUAAUUACAUAGACAACUGUUUCUUUCAGUACACCACUAGUGGAUCAGAAGGCUCUUUUUUUCUUUCUUCUUCUUCUUGACUACUAGACACAAUUGUCACUUUCACAAUAUUUAUUGAACUUCAGAAUGUUUUCUGUAGUUCACAUUGCUUACAUAAUUUGUGGUUUGUUAUGUUAAUUUUUUAAAUUCCACUGUAUAAGUGGUUUGUAAAAUUCUGGGCUUUGUUACAUACCCCUUUUGAGUUUCCUGUUAUUCUAACAGUCCUGACACUUCUUGGAUUUGAAGUGCUUCUGGAAACUCUUCAUUCAUGAUAUUCAGUUGCCAUAUUACGCUUUGGAUUAUCAAUGGCACAUUUUUGAAAACUUGAUUCUCGUUUAAGUACUUUUCAGUUCACAAAACAUAAAAAGUUUUAAAUCCUGUGAAUAGGGUGGGUGUUACUUGUGCUGCUUUCGGUGAAGAAUAUCCUAAUAGAUUGAGGGAAUCAGUGUAUUUUCAUGAUGCAACACGUAAAAGAAAUACCAUUGUUUCCUCAGUUAGUGAUGAUGAUGAUGAUGAACAUCUAGGGCAUGGAUAAUUUUCUCCUGAAAUUCUGCUCUUUUAACCCUUAAAGACCAGCAGAGUCUUUUAAAACAUGGCAGUGGUAUCACUACUUGGCCCGCCACAUGCCUUAAGACACAACGUGCAUCCCAUCAUGUUACAUAACUUUGUUAUCAUAUUGGAUUUUAAUUCAUGAAAACAAUAUCAAUGUACUUUAAAAGGAUGUUUUAUCAAAACACACACACAGCAUAACAUAACUGGACCAGCAGGAGAGACAGGGAUUUUAAAGGCUGAAAUCAAGCAAACCACUCAGAUGUUCUCAUGUAGUUAAGAUGUUUUUCUCUAAAUGCAGAUUCAGGUGUUUCUUAGAUUUUCCACUGUUGUCUUUCAGAGUUAGUCUCAGUAUCUGAUACAUAGAUUCUUUGUAAUGUUAGCCAUUUCCCCACUGUGAACACUUGUACACAAAACAUUGUGUGUUAAUACAAUACAAUAAGAACAUAAAGUUAUCCCUGGUACUUACGAAGCACAUCAUGAAAUUAUGUGGGGUAGUGGGGAUAUAGCUUUUCUGUUUUUUGACCUCGGCAGUAGAGAGAGGUGAGAGUACAUCUUCAUGCCCUUGUCACAUUACCUACAUGGAUAGGACAUGUCAUACCCAUUGGAUAGGUGGGUGGGAGUGUCUGCUCCAAGACAGUAGCCUGUCUGGAUGCAGAGACUAAGAGAAUAUAUUUUGCCCUUACAAGGCAAGUCCUGAUUGUCCAGCCUUUAGUCAUUUACUACAUGAACUGACCUCUUCCAGUUCCUUCAUUAUAUACAAAAUGUAUUUGGUAAUAAGUACAAAAACAUCAGAUGGGACAUAGUGUGAAUACUAAACCAAACCAAAUGGUCUUAGAAAUAUACAGGUUUAUAUGCUUUCAAAUGUAAUUACAUCCCUUUUAAUACAGAAAGUGGACAAAAGUGGCAAUCACAGUUAUUUUAUGAUAUAUAUUAUGUGGUUUAAACUGAAUAAGAAGUUCAUAUGAACACGAGAUAUUAAACCCUUCCUUACAGACCUGUGGCUGCUUAAAGGAAAGGCAUGUUCAUAAAUAAGGGUUGUGUUCAGUAAUAAACUUGCUUCCUCAUCAUGUGAACUUAUCCAGGCCCAUUGGCUCAGUGUUUUACUUUUACCAUUUCCCCAGUUUCUUUAUAACAAUAGCUGUAUUCUUACCGCGUACUAGUCGUGCAAGUGUUACAACAGGGACGUAAUGAGUUGAGAGUAUAAUUUUGUCAUUGUCUUCUGAACAAACAAGCUGAUGAUGCAAUUUACUCAUUGCGAGUGCUGUUCACGGACAAAGCAUCUUUCACUUUCAGUGGUGUCUUCAUGCACAACACACGUUGGCAGCGCAGAACUCCCAUGAUGUUAGGGCUAUGUGAUCGCAGCAGUUCUCCAUAAAUAUUUGGGCUGGAAUUGUUGGUGACCAUCUCAUCGGCCCAUAGUUGCUACCAGUAUGGAUGAAUGGCAGUCAGUACUAAUUAUUUUUGCAACAGGAGUUACAAGCAUUGGUGGCAGACAUUCCGCUUCAUAUACAACAACGUAUGUGGAUGCAGCUUAAUGGAGCACUUCUGCACUACCUCAGAGACAUAAGGAAUUUCCCAAUCACAAUAUACUCACAUUGCUUGAUAGGACACCGUGGUCCUGUUUCAUGACCACUGCAAAGGAUUUGUGGCAGAGAGUAUGACAUGCCUAUCAGAAGGUCAGAAACAUGCCUGGUGUUUAUGAACAUUUACAUUAAUAAAUAAUACAUUCAGCAAAUAAUAUGUAGAAUGUCAUUGAAAUCAGUUCCAACAUAUCUGGAAUGCACAUAAUUUGACAUAAAAAUUUUCCUUCAAUGCCAUUGAUAUCCACAUUUCAUAUUCAAAGGGCCAAAGAAGCUUGCUACCCUCUGUGUAUACGUGAACAUAUUACUUUGGUUUAGGCCAUAGAAUUCACUCACUCAUUUUUUGUACUUAUUACUGAAAAAUUCUGUAUGUGAUCCUUUAAUUGUAAAAUAUAGAUAUAACCUCUAUAGAAGAUUCUGCUAUAUCUGAACUUUUGUUGAAGUUAGAAGAAACAUCAGCAAACAAAGCAUCAAACUCAUUUCAAAUGUUUGGGAUGUGUGUUCUAGGAAUGUAUUCAUAGUAUCUUUAGUUGCCCCACUCUGAUGAAGGAUGUACUUUUAAAUCAUCACAAGCCCAGUAAUAAUGAAUAUUAUGGACUUACACAUGAAGUCAUGCUUAUUGGUGAAAUGCAAAGGUAUUGUAGUAUUUUAUGUUUGUGGCAUAUCUGCCAUUUCAUUUUAUUUUUUACAUAGUUUAGAACAGUUUAUCUUUCAAGUUGUUUUAUGUGUUUGUCAUAUGUUGGUUUUUUAUAGCUAUUUAGUGAGACAAUUAUUUAAUAAUUUUUUUAAUCUGUUGCAUUAUACUCAUACUUUGUGCCCACAGAUUUAAUGUAAUUUUAAAAUUCAAUUUCAGAAAACUCUUUACGGGAAAGAAUCCGUGAAAAUAACAUUUAUACUUUUAUACUGCCUUUGAGAAAACAUUACUUACUUAUUACAAAUGAUUUUUGAUUAAGAUGUGGGCAGGAGAGUAAAUAUUGUUUAUUCUGGGAAACAAACAGAACUUUGAGAUCAAAAUAUUGUGACACAGGCAGUACUUGGACAGCAUUUCUAAAUAACUACUCUUGUGAUAUGUACAAAUAACACCACAUAUAUGCAGUUGAUUUGGUUCUAAGGAAGAAUGAAAAUGAAUUAAUAUUAUUAUUAAUUAUAUUGUUUUUGUAAAGGAUAUGGUGAUUAUGAUUAUUUUGAAGGAAAGAAGUUAAUUAUACCUAAUUGACAGACUCAGGAAGAUCUUCUGUCUAGUAAGCAUUUUAUAUUCAUAUCCAAAAUUAUGAGUAUAGGCCAGCUACUCUCCAAACACUCAUUUGUCUAGAUAUUCAAGAACUUAUUGACAUUCAUUUUGAAUGGAGAUUCAACUUCCUCUGCCAGCAGUUUUUGCAAGAUAUUCUGCAUAUAUUUUCUCUGCAACAAAUUCAACUGUACAAUUUAACAAACAAACAAAAAAGUAUCUGACAUUUGCACAGUCAUUUGUUUCAUUAAUGGUCAAACGUUUUGCUGAAAAUCAAUAUGUUUGUAAGAUGAUGAGUAUUUGAAGUGGUCAUAACAUGAGAAAGGUACCUGAUACAUACAUAAUUACAAGAACAUGAUUGAACGGGUUUAAUGAAUCUAUUCUUCUCAGUUGUGGUGUAACAGUGAUUGCAGAGCUGUUUUGCUUGUUUUUCUGACCAAUUUUCCAGAAGAUGGGUUAAAAUAAUCUGCCCCAAUAAGGACCAGACUAACAAAGAUGUAUUUUUUUAUUCUAGUUAUUACUCUAGUAUUGAACUGAUUAAUUUAGAGUUGAUAAUUUCUAGUCAGGAUUGGUAUCUCUCUUGAUUUCAGAGUCAGUUUUACCUAUGUUAUAAAUGUAAUUUUAUUUGAAGAUAAAAGGUAUUAUUUGUGAUCUUACAUUUAGAAUGUAUUUAGAUUCUACUUCUGCAUCUGUUGAAUCAGAAGUUUUUAGAAAUGAGAAUGCAGACAACUUAGACACUACUGCUAUACAAAUAUUUUCCCAAAUUAUAAUAUUACAACUUCCAAAUUGUUAAAGUGCCAUUCACUCCCUUAAUUGUUUAUCAUAACACUUUGUUAAAAAUAAGGGAUUUUUCUUGCUUAUACUCAGUCCCUGCCGUAGUAUGGAUACAUCUUGGACCCCAGUGUAUUGAGUAUAGAUUAAUGCUUUUUAUAUUUCUUUAUAACAUUAGUCCACAUUAAUGAUUAUGUCCUCAAGGAUUCAACAUGUGUGCAUGAUUUCAGCAAUGUUGAACUGUAACAAAUCUGACCCCUGUUUUUCAGACAGUUUUCUUAUAACAUAUAACGUGUGCUAUAUGAAACCAAUCAAACCCUUCAGCAUUAAAAUUGAAUUUUUAAUACCUGAUGUAAUUCACUAUAUGAAAAAUACCUAUGAAAGACAAUGGACUUCAGGGUAAUUCAGUCUUUCAUUCAAUUUUAAUAAGACACAGAAUUUUUGUUUCUUGUCUGUUAACAGCUGUUGUAAAACAUUCAUAUACAAAUUUAUAUGCAAAUGUAAUGUGAUGUUAAUGUUUAACUAGACAGCCCUAAGUGCAAUGUAUGGAACAAAGCAGAAUUUCAAAUAUUUUUAUCCAAUGUACCUUACAUUAAACCUGUAUGAUGCAGUCAAUUAAUGCAUAGAAUUAAAAUUAAAUUAUGCAUUUUGGAAAAAAAACUGUUCUUCAAAAUUCUUGUCCAAAAUUACAAAUAAUGUUUUUGUAAUAUAAAAUAAUAUUUUUCAGCAUAAAUUAAUAAGUAUGUACAAAGUGGAAUAAAAGCCAAAUUGUAACUUCUAUAAAAUAAUUUAUAUUAUUUUAGUGCAGAGUGUUUUCAACAGUUGACAGUUAAAAAAUCAAUAAAUAAUUUUCAUACUUUGUGUAUGCAGGUAUUUCUUUUAAUCAUUUAUGGAAUACACAGCUACAGAUGAAAUUACAGGCAGGUUAAACUGUGAAUACUGUCAUGCCCUUUCAUAAAGCUCAGAAUGGAAUUACAGAGUAUAAUGUAUUUAUGUCAGUAGUUCCCUGGUCUUGUAGUUCCCUUGCUUAAUGUGGGUAUGUUCAGUAUAGUGUUUCCUAUGCAGUAUUGGAAAGAGCUUCCAGUAUUUUAGAGAAACCUAUUCCCUCCAAAUCAUCAUAAACUUUUUCUUUACUGCACAGUAUUAAAACCCACAAGACUACAUUGUGUACAUCCUUGUGAAAAUCUGAAACACUACAUGGAUGGUUCCUUUAUUUUGGUUCAAAAACAGACAUGUAUAUGUGAAUGCUAUGUAUACUCAAUGGAAAAUAUGUAUUCUUUUUCUUCUAAUGGAAUAAAAAUCCGUGUGUUAUUUGAAA